CCUGCCUUCCCGAUGUCUUGUUCCGUCUGGAACUCACUCUAGGUCUCUGGGGGGGAUCUCAGGUGUGCCUCCCAACCUUUUAAGGCUUCACCUCAGGCUUAACCGGGGAGCCCCCCGUGUCUCUUGUCUUUCCACCACUGCCCGCAUGAUCGCUUUCUCACCAUCGCUUUGCUCCCUCAUCUGUGUCCGCAUCUCCCGGCCCCCAAGCUCUGUCUCCGUGCCCCCUCCCGCUGUGUCUUUCCUGUGCCACCGCCUCCUCUCCAGCCUGCUUGGGCCGAGGCCCAGCCGCCCUGCCUGGCCGUCCUCCCUGGCCCCCACUCUGCGGCUCGGAGCUGGCCCCACCCCCUGCCCCCCCUCGGGCCAGGCCUCUGAUCCUCCUGUGGACACAGAGGUCGGGCGCCCGGCACAAGGCCCCUGGGGCCGAGGACAGGCCGCAGCACCUCAGCACCCACAGAGGCCUCGCGUCAGCCCAAACAGAGGAGCCCCCGGCAGAGGGCAUGGGGGUGGGCUGCCCCACCAGGUACGUGUCUCCGCGCGGAGCCCCAGGGCGGGGGUCCUGGCUCGGAGAGCCUUCCCCCCCCCUCCCCCCAACCUUCCUUGCUCGGGGGUCUGCCCCGGCACCUGCACCCCCUCCUCGCCGUUCCCCGCUCAGUGACACAUUCCAGCCCCAGAGCGAUCUCCCCCGCCCAGCUUCACUCCCCCCAGCUCAGAGCCCACCUCCGUUUUCUGUCUGUUGUCUUGUCCCAUCUCUGUCCCCCAUCUGGCUCUGUCACCACAGCUCCCGUCUUUCCACUGACUAAGAUGUGAUCUCCACUUCUCUUUGCUUGGUUGCUGCUAGUCUGCUUCUUUUCUGUCCCCCUCUCUCUCCGGGCCUCUGUCCCCUCUGGAUUCUUGUGACCCCCGGGGGGGGUCUCUGUCCUUCCCUCCAUCUCAGGCCUGCCACUCCACACUCCCCCUCCCUGCCCGUCUCUGAGCUUCUGUACCCUCGUCUUUCUUCAGUCUCCACACCACAUCCCCUCCUGUCGAUCUCUGCCCUCCUACCUGCUGCCCAGACCCCCCUAGUGAGCGGGGGGGGCUUGUGAGGGGACAGCCCAGGGUCUCAGGGAGCGUGUGAAAGCGCUUCUGGGCGGAGGGGGCGCGGCACCUGGGGCGGGGCUUCUCAGCCCCAGAUUAGACAGUGACUUUGACGUGAAGUUGAUGCACCUUAAGCCCCGUGUCGCCUUUAUAUGGAAACAUUAAGCUGCUCUCCCAGGUCAGGGGGAGGUGGGGGGGAGGGCUUCAGGCUCUGGAUCCUCUCUGCUGGGGUCCUGCCGUUGCUGGUGGGAGGUGUGUGUGCCCUGAGGCCGAGUCCCAUGUGCUGCCUCUGAACUGGACUGUGUUGAAUGCAGACGGGACCCCCGGAGGUGAAGGCCCCUCCUGUCUGCUUUAUGAAAUGGACAAGAUCACAUCUGCCUCACAGGGCUGAGGGUGGCACAGGAGGAUUUAGGAAAGCAGAGUCCUGGGCUGGAAAGGCUCAGGACCCAAACCAGAGCCCACCCCUGGCACUCCGUGGGUCUGGCCGGGUCUCAGCCCACUCCCCAACCUGUGAACCGGAGUGAUGAUCUUGACCUCCCAGCAUCCUGAGCAGCCAAGGUUUGGGGCGCCCGCCCCCCGCUAGGCCAAGUGGAGGGGGUGUCCCCGCCCAAUGGGCCUGGCCAGGGCCCUGCGCCGCCUGAGCGGCGCCCUGGAGUCAGCAAACAAUCGGGCGGGAGAUGAGGAGCAGGCCGGGCCAGAGCUGUGCCGCAACGGGUGGGCGCCAGCGCAGUCGCCAGUGGGGAGGCGCCGCGGGCGCUUCGUCAAGAAGGACGGGCACUGCAACGUGCGCUUCGUGAACCUGGGCGGCCACGGCGCGCGCUACCUGAGCGACCUGUUCACCACGUGCGUGGACGUGCGCUGGCGCUGGAUGUGCUUGCUCUUCUCCUGCUCCUUCCUCGCCUCCUGGCUGCUCUUUGGCCUGGCCUUCUGGCUCAUCGCCUCCCUGCACGGCGACCUGGCUGCCCCGCCGCCAACCGCCCCCUGCUUCUCGCAGGUGGCUAGCUUCCUGGCCGCCUUCCUCUUCGCGCUGGAGACGCAGACGUCCAUUGGCUACGGCGUGCGCAGCGUCACCGAGGAGUGUCCGGCCGCCGUGGCCGCUGUGGUGCUGCAGUGCAUCGCCGGCUGCGUGCUGGACGCCUUUGUCGUGGGCGCCGUCAUGGCCAAGAUGGCCAAGCCCAAGAAGCGCAACGAGACGCUGAUCUUCAGCGAGAACGCCGUGGUGGCGCUGCGUGACCGCCGCCUCUGCCUCAUGUGGCGCGUCGGCAACCUGCGCCGCAGCCACCUCGUCGAGGCCCACGUGCGGGCCCAGCUGCUGCAGCCUCGCGUGACCCCAGAGGGUGAGUACAUACCGCUGGACCACCAGGAUGUGGACGUGGGCUUUGAUGGUGGCACCGAUCGCAUCUUCCUUGUGUCUCCCAUCACCAUCGUGCAUGAGAUCGACUCCGCCAGUCCUCUGUAUGAACUAGGACGCGCCGAGCUGGCCCGGGCUGACUUUGAGCUGGUGGUCAUUCUCGAGGGCAUGGUCGAGGCCACAGCUAUGACCACACAGUGUCGCUCUUCCUACCUCCCUGGUGAGCUGCUCUGGGGACAUCGUUUUGAGCCGGUCCUCUUCCAGCGUGGCUCCCAGUACGAGGUUGACUAUCGCCACUUCCAUCGCACUUAUGAGGUCCCAGGGACACCCGUCUGCAGCGCCAAGGAGCUGGACGAACAGGCAGAGCGUGCUUCCCACAGCCCCAAGUCCGGCUUCCCCGGCUCUCGGACAGCAUUUUGCUAUGAGAAUGAACUUGCUCUCAGUUGCUGCCAGGAGGAAGAGGAGGAAGAGGAGGAAGAAGAGGGGGAUGCGGCAGAGGCAGAAGACAGGGCUGCCAGCCCCCGAGUACUCACACCAACCCUGGCGCUGACCUUGCCCCCAUGAUACAAGCUGGUACCCCCCUAUUUGUACCCCUUUCCCAGAGGUAGCAAGAUGGAGAGAUUGGGCCCUCUCCUGGGAUGAGGGCAGGUGUUUCCUAAGACCAACAGGCUUGCUGGGUAAAUUAUUAGCUGGUGAUGUUCUGCCACGUCUAGUGGACCUACCAAUGAACAUACUGGACCUUAAUUCCUCUGAAUUCUGUGCUCCCUCCUGAGACCCCUUUGUCAGCCCAAUUCCUGAGUCUCCCCAGAGAUAAGGGAUCCAGAAUUCUGGACCACCCAAGAGGCAAGGACUGGUAUUUCUAGAUUCCUCUAGGUGGCUGGUUUGGUUUGUUAAGCAGGAUCAUGAAAUGAUGGUAUAGCCAACCUCCAGGGGAAGAAGUCAUCUGUUCUCAAGCAGCAGCAGAGAUGAAGAAUUUGUUGGUCUGAACUGACCUAAGAUUCAAGGGACUGUUUCUUCUCGACUCAGCCAACCACAUAGCAAAUCAUUUUUUCUAGACGACCUAAGGCGGGAAAGUUAUGGAAUGCCCCAAGAAUUCAAGACUAUAUUGAUUGACCAAUGACAAGGAAUGUUGACUGCAAAUCAGGAAAAGACUUUGCGGUUCCAGAAAACCCCAGUGUUGAGAUUCUGUGAAUCCAGAUUGACCACAGAGGCAAGCACUGGGGAUUCUGGAACAGCUUUGACCAGAGAAUUGGACUACUCCAGAAACUAAAGAGUUAUGUUUCUAGAAUGCACAAAACAAAUGGAGAGUCUGUGGGUCUAGAAGGACUAAAGUGACAGAUUGGGAGUUCUUGAUGGGCGAUAACUCCAGACCACUGGCUCUAGAACAUCGAACCAAGGGGGAGAAUCAACGCUCUACAUGAUCCACAGGCUUUGUGUCUUUUUUAAGUGCCAUUCUAGAAUGUCCAAAGGAAUCAAGAUUCUGUGGCUCUAGAUCGAUCACAGAGUCAGGGAAGGAUCGACAAUUCUGAUGUCUGAGGCGUGCUGGUUGCAGUUUGCCCAGUGGAGUGGAGACUGUCAAUGAGGAUAGAUGACUUCUUUAUGGUUCUGUAAUGCCAAAAGGAAUCAAGGCUCCAGGGAUCCAGAGUUGUCCGUUAUCAAAACCCGGAAGUUCUAAUCAGCUCCUAGAACUUGGCAGUUUGAGGAGGUGGACUCGGGACUUGACGGGCAGCAUUGCUGGGCUGACCUAGAAGGUGAGGGCUCGGGUGAGACCCUGUGGGUAACAGGGCUAGUUAUUGGGCAAGGGAAGGGAGAGGCCCAAGGCUGGUGAGUCUACAGUGCUCUGGAAUCUCUCACCUAGAGAUGUGUG